CUAAAUCUCCAAAAGGAAGUAACAUUCGUUUGUUUUUUUGCUUGUUAUGAGAGAAGGAGUUUCGCGUUUGUAAAUUACGUAAACUAUAUUUUUAUAAGAAAAGUGCGUAUGGACGUUAAUUGGGUCGUUUAUUUGUGCGUGUUGUGAGGAAUUUGUUGCUUCGAAAAUAUUUCCAGAGUUUUGAAUUAGUUUUUGUUGGUGAACAGGUGCAAUAGAACAAAAGACUGCGAAGGGGAAAGGUUAUUUCGCCGGGGAAAGGUUAUUUCGCCUGGGAAACACCACCGAGACUGCUUUUGAGCCAUAACUUUUAGUAGUUUGAACAGUUUUUGAAAAUCAGUCGUACUGUUGGUUUGGGCACGUUUCUUUAAAAAGCCUUUCGAAUAGUUGCAACUUAUUUUCUCAGGAUGGCUAACUCGGGGCUUCAGAUUAUGGGUUAUAUCAUGGGCGUCAUUGGCUGGAUAGCGCUGAUUGCUGGUACCAUCCUUCCACAGUGGAGGAUCUCUUCCUAUGCCGGGGACAACAUUAUCACGGCUGUGGCCAUUUAUCAGGGACUGUGGAUGUCGUGUGCGUACCAGAGCACCGGGCAAAUGCAGUGCAAGGUGUACGACUCCAUGCUGCAGCUAGACGCGGCCCUGUCUGCUACUCGUGCAUUGAUGGUGGUUUCCAUCAUUCUGGGCGUUUUUGCAAUGGGAGUGAGUACAAUGGGAAUGAAGUGCACAAACUGUGGUGGUAACGACAAGGUGAAGAAGGCAAGAAUUGCCAUAGUUGGUGGGGUUAUCUUUCUUCUUGGAGGUCUGUGUGCUCUGGUCGGUGCAUCUUGGUAUGGAAACCAAAUAGUUAAAGACUUCUACAACCCAUUCACUCCUGUGAAUACAAAGUAUGAAUUUGGAGCAGCAAUAUUCGUUGCCUGGGCAGGUGCAAGCUUAACAAUUCUUGGAGGAGCCCUUCUGUCAUGUUCUUGUCCGAGGAGGAGUCCUGGGUAUGGUGGUCAGUAUGCCAAGAGAACUAAAGCUCCCAGCAGUGCCAGCAACAAGGAAUAUGUGUAAUGCUAACUGAAUCAUCAAUGAAAGCUGAAACUUUUGAAGAAUUUUCCUGUGGCGGCCCCUCCAUCGUAAAGCUUUAUUUGUAGGUUUCAGAAAAAAUAUAUAAAUGCCCUGUUUAUAUAAACUGUACAAAUAUCCAGGGUGGAACAUUUCCUGUUGCAGUUCUCCUUCAAGAACAGACACCACACGAACACUUUUUUUUUAACAAUGUUCGUAGGAUUGUUAGAAUAUCAGUUUUAAUAACCUUUUUAAAAUAUUGCUUAAGUAUUUUUUUAUAAAUGAGAUCCCCCUUAGUUUACAGGCAUACCUCACUGAAAGUGUAUAUGCAUGUCUCAUUGAAGAAAGUGUGUAUGCAUGUCAUGAAGCAAUUCCACAAAUGUUUUUUUUUUUUUUUUUCAAAACGCACAUGAACAGUGUAUUUAGGUUACUUGAUCGAAUUGUAUUUCAGGCAAAAUGUAAGUGCUAGAUUCUCCUAAAUGUGUAGGUAUCCAUGACUGUAAUAGUUUUUGAUGGGUUUUGAUACAAUGUAUCUUUGGGCGAGUCUGCUUAAUGCACAAACAGUUGCAGUUGAUUCACAGCUCCAUAUAGUAGUGGGAAACAUGUAUACCAGAAAGUGUCCUGCAUUAUAACUUUUGUCCAUCUACAGCUUAAACUGUAGCAUUCACCAUGCAACAUAUCACUGUGCUAUUUGGGAUCAGUUGAUGCGUCUUUGUAUUGCAUUCUGAGGUGCCAUCCCCAGGUUGUGGUAGAAUGUGUGGGAGUUGACGGGGAGACAUUUUCUUUAAAGUUGUGAGGUGUUUGUAGUUGACAACUGUAGAAGCACAUUGUUGUAGGAGAUGCAAUAGGUUUUCAAUAACCCAGUUGUGUGUUUUGUGUAGCAUUUAUUGUGAACCCUUUCAUUUAUUUGAUUUUAAGAAUUGGUCAGUUCAGUGACUUGGUGCAUUGAUUUCUGGAGAAAGUGGAAAUUGUGUUAAUUGCGUCACUCACUGCAUCACCCAUUGACAUUUCAGAAAAGUUGAGUUGGCUUCUCUUUUUCCUGUAAUGUAACAUUAUUUGCUUUUUGUCUUACUGUAACUAAAAUUGACUCUUUCUUUGCACUGAGUAUUGGUGUUAACAAGUAGUGCAUUCAAAAGUAGCCUUGGUUCAGUUUAAACAAUUUUUGCCGCUGGUCUAAAGUGUGAAAUUUAGGCUGAGUUACCUGUCAGAGUAACUUGCUUACUACAAGGAACUUUUGAAUGCUAGUGCUACGUAUCAGCUUUUUUAAAGUAAAUUUUAAAAUUUAUGAAUAAUUUUGAAGUGACACUCUUUUUUGAUUGGCACUGUUUGAUUGUGAAGACUUCAAUACCACAUGAAUGCAUUUAUACAUUUUUUGUAGGUAAUGUGGUCCACUGCAAAUGAAGUCCUACUGCUCAACCUACUGAGUAAAUUUAUAAAUGUUAAGCUGUUAUCAGACUGACUUUCUGUGUGCGUGUGGUCUAGCAGCUUAAACUGUUCAGUCUCGCUACAGCCAGUUACAUACCUUUCUGGUAGUUUGAAGGUCGUAUGGAAAUUCAUUCACAUCUAGUAGCUGUGGAAUGUUGCAUCUACAGAAGCUUACAUACACUUCAGAUUAAGUAUACUCCAUGCAGUAAAAUUGCAGACAAGUUUCUUUAUCUUUUGAAACUGCAACCCAGUUAUAGCCUCAGCAAUACGUGUGUUUAGGUGACUUUACUUGUGUGAUGGCAAAUUAAUGUUCCUUGUAUUUCAUAUUUCUAGAAAUAUGUAAAUUUCUUUAACUGUGUAGAGAGAGCACUCACUUAAUCUCUGCAUUGGUUUCACAAAAUAUGCCACAGUUUAUAAGCCAGUUUCACCAUCUACACAAGAGCUAUAGUGUAUACUUUUGUAACUGGGGAAUUUAAAUCCCUUCAGCAUACUGCAUCAUACAUGGCUUUUGACUUGGUUAAUUUCUCUCUCUAAAUGUGUAUGUUUAUACGUAUGUAGAUGGUAAUGAACUAGAGUCCUAAGUCAGGGCACAUUAAUUUCUGAGAUCAGUUUUGUUUCAUUUACCAAUGUUUGGUGUCAGUUUGGCCAGUAACACUUCUGUUUCCUGCAGUGACAUGACACCAUGCCCCUCAGCAACAUUUACCUCACAGUUAUUUGCUUCACAUUUGUACUUUAUUUUCAUGAGUAACAAAUGUCAGUAGUUAAGAAAUGUUUAGCAGUGCAUCCUGGGUUAACUGCAGCUGUUGCUUUAUUAUACCUUGCAUUUUUAUAUGCUGCCUGUUUAAUAAGUCACUUAGGAAUUCAGCCUCCAGAAUUGUCACAAGUUGUGAGUGUUAGUGAAUUCUGUCUGUGGGUACAGCGUAAAAAAAAUACAGCUCUGCAGAAAGGUUGAAAUUCUUGGUGCCUUUUCAUCAAAUAGUUGGUAGAAUUCACAUAAUCAGUUUAGUAAGUGACAAAAAUCGUACAUUUCCGUGAAAUCUGUUCGUCCAUAACACUUGAUUGAAUUAAUGUACUGUUUUCUGCUAAGCUUAAAGUAGGAGGUGGCCUGUGCUGUGCCUUUUAACUUUGUGAAACAAUAGUGUGUGUGUGGAGAUGCUGAUUUGCCCUAAUAUAAGAAGUGUUCCGAAUUUUUGAAAUUCAGAAGUAUGUUUUAAAAAGAUUAUGAAGAUGCUUUUUUUUAAUUUUGAAGCUCUUGCUUGGAGGGGACACAAUAGCUAUUGAUAUCGGUCUUCGUUUUUGAAGGAGGGAUUUAGCAGGAAUGUUAAAUGUUGUAGCUUUGUAUUUUACUGAGAAGAGCAAGUAACCAACAUGGACGGGGGGGGGGUGCAUUAGACUAUUAACUCUGUAGAUAUCCAGUGUUUAGUGUACUUUUGUGUACGAUAUAUAAAGUGAAAAUCCUUUUGUAUGUAAAACAAUAAAGUCUUUGAAAAUGCCAA